AUGGUUGAAGAAGAGCAUAUUGAUGCAUCUGCAUCAACAACCGAGCCUGUUGGAUAUCCAGGAGGACCGUACGAUACCUCUCUUUUAGUUAAGUACGAACAUCAUAUUGUUAGACAUAUAUGGUUCGGUGAGGAGAGAGUUAAAGGUAGCCGGACAUGGGUUGAAGUUGGUUCAGAGGGUUUCACUACCAGUUUAACAAAGAUAGACACGGACCUGGUUUCCGCAUUUGCAGAGAGAUGGCAUCUAGAGACAUCUUCAUUUCACAUGCCGUUUGGUGAGAUGACGAUUACUCUAGAUGACGUCUCUUGCCUGCUUCACUUGCCCAUCAGGGAAGUCUUCUGGAGUCCUCAAGAUAUCAAUGAAGGACGGGUUGUUGAUUACUUAGGAGUGUCACAGCAACAAGUCCGUGACUGCAAGGGUUCUUAUUAUAAGUUGGAGUGA